AUGGAUGACCAGCGAUGUGUCUUAAAUGUUAGUCCCCAGUCCACUCCCAAACACAAACCCAGUCAGAGCACUGUGCCCAACGGUCCAGAUUCUGAAAAGUUCUUCAGCCUGCUGGCCAACUCUCAGGGCCGACGGCUGGAUGACCAGCGGGCCUCUCUUCCUUCGUUGCCAAGGAUACAGAAUGGAGGUACCACAUCAACCGCUUCGGAGAGGGAUGCAAGCUACUUGUGUUCCAUGGUCUCCAAAGUCCAGAGUGCCCCAUCUACUCAACGUAAAGAGCAUCCCAGUUCAGACACAUCUACUAAAUCUCCCCGAAGGGUUCCCUCCCUGAACCGUGCCAAACCUGACAAGGCUUCUCCACGCCACGCCACCGUGUCUGAAAGUACACCAACAACAUCAACUAAGGACUGUUGCAGACUUACCUCACCGUCCCGGACGGCUUAUGCAGAAUCUGGCACCCCCAGAGCUCUACCCAAAUCUGCUUCAUUUACCCCCGUGACAGAAUAUCAGCAAAAGCUAAAUUCCCCAGCACAGGUGACAGUGAGGGUGUCCAUGAGCUUCACACCAGAGCAGGGACUGACGAAUAUCAACCAAGCGUGUACGUUCCCUGAAGUCUUCCUCACUCUCGGAGCCCCUGGAGAUAACCUUGUGAUCCCUCUGAGCCCAGGACCUGGCAGGCCCCUGUCCUUUAACUUAAACCUUAUCCCAAAAGAAGAUUCCAGCCACUGCUCUCCAAGCCAUGCCAGUCCCAGAAAAGCCCACUCAAGGCCGUCAUCUCCCAACCCCCAUGAACAGGGCAGCAUGAACAGCCCCAUCACUCCAGAUGAAGACUGCUUCUCUCUGAUUGAGAAGGUUCACACAGCUCAGCUGCAGAAGGGGUUGGCUCAAGACGGACAUAAAUGCAAAGGGGAUCCUGGAAAGGGGAGGGAAAAGGCAGGGCAAGGAAAGGGAAAGGCGAGUGGAAAGAAAGAUAAGAAGGAUGGUGGCAAUAAACAAUAGUAUGCCACUUUGUAAAUUAUCUUUUGAGGAAAGCAAUAGAAGAUGCAUGUAAGGUGUCAGUGAUUGGCUAGGAAAAUAAUUGAUUGAACGAUGUUAAUCAAAUUGUAUCCGUAGUUUGUAUUUGCCCACACUAAUUAGAAGCUCUUAGUACCACUAAAGUGUAUUGUUUUUACUGUUUUAACUGGGUAGGUUAUUUGU